AUGUCCGACGCCCAGCACCCAUCCAAUGGUACGCAGCCGCCGACGUCGCCGAAAGGCCACCCGUUACCGCGCCGGUCGUCCCCCGAGAACUCUAUAACCCUUCGCCACCACCGUUUGGCCCACGAAGCGAGUGCGAAAGCAUUAUCGAAGCGCGCUGCUGCUGCGGCAGAAACCAGCUCAGGAUCAUCACCACAUCGGCACUCAUCUGGGGAGAGCCAUAACACCGGACCCAGUGAUCCCAAGAAAUGGUUCGAGCAAAGUAACGAGAACCCUGCCGUCUUGUACUCAAAUGCGAUCGAUGUUGACCCCCCAUUUUUUCAAAAAGAGAGCGAUUCUUCUCAUGAAGACAACACGCAACCCACCAGCUACCCCACGCAUCUUAAACGUUCCAUAGGAGGUACUCUUAAGCCGAGUGCUACGCACAGUAGUAGCGCCGAUGAUUACCGGAGUGUUAUUGACGAUUUAACUGUUGAAAUAAAGAGGCUCAAGGACGAGUUGAAGCGGUAUAAGCAGAGAGGGCCCGAGAUGAUGAAGCAAGACAGACUGUUUGAGAUCAAGGUCCACGGGCUUCCGAAACGCAAGAAGAGGGAGUUGGAAAUUACCCUUCGCGACUUCGCAUCCGGCCUGGAAAGCAGCACUCCCAGUGCAGAGGCGUCUUCGGGCCGGAACAAAGGUAGCCACAAGGCCCGGCUGGAGUCUGGAUCAGGAUCAGCUUCAAAGCAUGCAUCGUCGACGUCAGGGUCGCACUCGCGACCCGUCGAUUCUGCAUAUGCAUCGAUGUCCACCGGUGCUAACUCGUCUGGGACUUCGCUGGCACGGCCGUCCGCCAGUUCAAGAGCCAAGUCGUCAGAACAAAAGGUGGAAAACUAUCUCAAAGACAUCCCCGAAGGGUUGUAUCCACGCCACAUGGUCAUGACCGACAAGGACAAGAAGAAACUAAUCGUUCGACGGUUGGAGCAAAUCUUCACAGGCAGGAUUAGUGGCCGGAGUGUGAGCCGGCACCAGCCAAAAUCUUCUGGGAACAUCGCUUCUUAUGCUCCCAUUAUGGUGGAACCAGCGACUGGGAACACAACGACGACCCACGGACCAUCCAACGUCCCUACGGGCUUUUUUGAGCCUUCUCGAGAGGCACGCAUCCUGGGGUCGGAAGAGGGGAAGAAUCGAGCGAAAGACAAUGGAUCUACCUCUAACGGUGAUCAACUCGACACCGGCGGCAAUUCCGCAGUUGCUGGCACGUCACCGCCAGACCCACCAUUUCCGGAGCAGCGACCCACCCGGCCGCUGGACCUCGAUCCGGAUCGGAAGCAGAACCCAUCCGCGAAUAUGGACUACAUCCGCCAUCUUGGCCUGGCUCCACCCCAUUUGACCGGACUCGCGACAUACGAGGAUGUGUCCCCUGACGCUGACGGCUGGGUUUAUCUAAACCUCCUCUGUAACAUGGCCCAGUUGCACAUGCUCAACGUCGCACCUGACUACAUUCGCAGCGCUGUCUCUGAAAAGAGUACCAAGUUUCAGCUUUCAUCUGAUGGUCGAAAAAUCCGAUGGCGCGGAGGCACCGAUGGAACAAAGUUCAGCAGCGACAGCUCUGGGGAAACCUCUCAUACCAGCCGUUCAGAGGAGUCAGAUGCGGCGAAUGACGAACACACGAAGAAACGCAAACGCCGCCAAGGACCCAAGAGUGGAUUGUACCCUUCCUCCGCGGGCCCGAAUUCAUCGGAUCAGUCGAAAUUUGACCCGCAAAUGUCGUCCGCCGACAGCUUCCACUACAAGCCGCUAUUUGUCCACCAGUCAUCAUCGGCCGAGCAAACGUCUCUCGAUGACUCGAACUCUUCGGGUGCCGGCGAAGACAGCAACAAUGGGGCGUCGCGAUGGGGAAACAGUGGCUCAGGAUCGGCCCCUCGAAAGAGACGUCGCUUAGAUGGUGCCAUUAUCUAUUACAGUGGCGCCCCCUUCUGUAUGGACUUAUCCGGCGACCCUGGGGACUUGUCCCCUUCUUCCUACUUGACCUCUACUGGGCAGGAACAGCAGUCGCCCAGCUCGCAAAACUCAAGGCCUGGACCGCAGCGCACGCAGUCGGGAUCAGCGCUUGCCUACCGCCCCCUGACAGAUGACAAAACGGCAUCCAGCGUGGCAGUUGCGACAGAAAUGGGCUCUGAUGAUAGCGACAUGGAUAUUGAGGCCGAAUUUCCAUGGUCCGACCGGCCUCAAGACCUUGUCGCCAACAGCUUGGACGCAUGUGGCCUCGGCGGAGUUAUCCCAGACGAUCACUUCCGGGUCAUCGCCACCACAAGAAGACCCAAAAUCAGUGCGACUUCUUCCAGCUCCUCUGGGCUCGAACGCAACGACGUUGCCAAUCUCGUCGACAGAAUCACGUCUCCCUUGGGAUCCACGUCCCGGGUUGGGUUGCUCAAACCCAAGUCAAAGAGCCAUCUCCCUGUUACCAUCGAAUACACGUCCCGAUCCAUCGAAAAGCUGAACCCUGCGCCUCUACCUCCCCCGGGUAUGUACUUCUCUUUUGACAGUGAUUCCUCUGGUACGUCGGUCGAAGACGUUUCGGAGCCAGAGGACGAACCGAUGGCGUUGGUUGGAAGCUUCGGAGUCCAGGGUCACCCCUCCACAAUCGAGAACCAGUAUCCUGAUGAUGUGGAUAUGUCGAGUGGAGACGAGGAAGAUGUCGAGCCGGAUGAUGGAGAUGAGCCGGUGGUUAAAGUGGAUGAUCACAGCAGCGAUGGGUUCGCUAUACCCAACCUACCUCGUGCUGCUCACCGCGCCAGCAGUAGCAGUGCUGUCGCCGCCGCUGGAACAGCUAGAAGCCGUAGCAAGAGUUUUAGUGCUGAGCUUCUUGUAGGCACGGGCAGCUCGGUUGCUACUGCCGGUGGAGCUGAGAGUGGCUACAGCAGUAGCCUAGAGGAGAGCGGUUGA